GGCCCGAGCUGGGUCCACGUUGGCCAUUGCAUUUCCAGCGUCAUGCUGCUAGGCGGGGAGAAGGCGCGGCUGGACAGAGAGGCCAAGAAGGCGAUGAAGAAGGCGAAGAAGGCAUCGAAGAAGGCCGCGAAAAAGCUGAAGAAGGCGAAGAAGGCGAUGGCUGCCAGAGGCCUCGGGGGCAGAGGUCCGAAGGCCGCUGGCCGCGCGACGCCCGCCCGCCGAAGGAGACCGAGGAGCCCCGAGACGCUCUCCUCCGACGUCUCCGAGACGGCCGUGCGCGGCGCCGCAGGCCGGCGCGCCCGCGGGCAGUCGCCCGCGGAGUCGUCCUGCGACUGCGAGUGCCUGGGCGGCGCCCAGGCCGCACGCCCAGCGCCGCCGCCGAGGCGCCUGCGCCUGCGCCGGCAGCUGCGCCCCGGGCCCGGCGGCGCGGCGCCUCGCGGCUCCGCGGCCGGCGCGGCGGCGGCCUGCACCGCGCCACCUGCUGCUGCUGCUGCUGCGCCUGCGGGCGCCCAGGCCGCCGCGAGCCGCGGCAGCGACACCGUCACGCUGAGGGCCACCCGCAAGCUGGGGCUCGUGCGCGUCGUGCAGCGCGCCCCGCCCGCGGCGCCCGCGGCGCGCCCCGCGGCGGGCGGCGCGCCGCUGGGCGCCGCGGCGUGCGCGCCGCGCUCCCUGCGCGAGCUGCGCCGGGCCGUGGCAGUGGCCCGGCACCCCGGCCUCUUCCCCGGCUCGGCGGCCGCCGCCUGGGCGCGCGCGCCGCCGCGAGCAGCGGGGGCCGGCGGCGCGAGCCGCCCGCCGCGUGCCGCUCCGCGGCCCGAGGCGGCGCGCCUGGAGCUGUCGCCGGAGGCGCAGCAGGCCCUGCAGGCCACCGUCGAGGCGCUGCGGCUGGAGGGCGCCUGCGGGGGCGCAGAGGGCAGCGCGGCGGGGCGCCAAGGCGGCGAGGAGUGGCGGGGCUCGCUGCCCGAGUCGGUGCCGGUGCCGCCGCCGGGGCGCGGCGGCGGGCCGCUGCAGGCGGCCAGGGCGUCGCUGCCAGUCUUCGCGCACCGUGGCCCCUUCUUGCGGGUCCUGGAGGCGCACCAGGUGGUGGUGGUCGAGGGAGAGACUGGCUGCGGCAAGACCACGCAGCUCCCGCAGUACGUCCUGGAGGCUGCGGCUGCAGAGGCUCGCCACUGCCGGGUGCUCGUGACGCAGCCCAGGCGCAUCAGCGCCAUAGGCGUCGCCCAGCGCGUCGCCGAGGAGAGAGGAGAGCGCUGUGGUGACACAGUCGGCUACGCGAUCCGAAUGGAGUCGCGAUCUUCUGCCGCGACGUCGCUGCUCUUCUGUACUACGGGCAUGGCGCUGCGGUGGCUGGAGUCUGCGCCCGACCUCCCGGGAUUCACCCACGUAUUCGCCGACGAGGUGCACGAGCGGAGUCUGGAGGGCGACUUGCUGCUCCUGGCGCUGAAGGGGCUCGCCGGGCGGCGCCCAGAGCUGCGCGUGGUGCUGAUGUCAGCGACCCUGGACAGCGACCUGUUCAGCCAGUACUUCGACGGCGCGCCACGCUUCAAGGUCCCCGGGCGCACGUUCCCUGUGAACACCCUCUUCCUGGAGGACGCGCUCGAGAUGACCGGCCACGUGGUCGAUUCGUGGGCGGACUGGGACGUGGAGGACGUGCGCGAGCAGGCGCUCGCGGAGCGCUACCGCAGCUACAGCGCGGGCGUCCGCUCGGCUCUGGCGGUCCUCGACCACGACGAGGCGGUCCCGGCGCUGGCGCGGGAGCCCGCGCGCUCCUGGCUGCUCCCGCUGCACGGGGCGCUGCCGCCGGAGGAGCAGCGGCGGGUGUUCCGCCGCCCGCCGGCCGGCGUGCGGAAGGUGAUCCUCGCCACGAACAUCGCGGAGACGAGCAUCACCAUCGACGACGUCGGAGUCGUGGUGGUGCUCGAGGACUACCUGCUGUGGCGCUGGCAGCAGACCGAGGAGGCCCUCUGCGGGCCGCCGCCCGACGGCCCCGGCAGCAUCGCCAUGCUGAGGCUCGUGGUGAUGGCCCAGGGCGACAGCAAGCGGGUGCUCAACGCCUUCCAGUCUCUCCGGCAGCAGGACCGGGAGCAGCUCGAGGUGGAGCUCGCGGUCUCGGGCUGCAGCGGGCAGAGCUACCGGCGCGAGCCCUCCCAGGCCCUCUGCCCGAGCUCCGAGGGGGGGCCCGCCAUCCUGGUCUACUACGCGCCCGCCCUGAUGCAGAAGGCGGGGGCCGCCGACCCGUGCGGCGCCCUGGUGCUGCUGGCCGACAUCCUCCGGCAGGCCCGCGGGCUCUUCCCCCUGCGGAAGGACAAGGCCAGCGAGACGGUCCUCGUGCGCAUCGACGCCCUGAAGGAGCUGCAGGUGUCGGCCAUCCGGCAGCCCUCGCAGCCGGGGGACGUCUGGGUCCUGCACAGGACGUCCACGAAGGAGGCCCACGUGCACCAGGUCAACCUGAUGCGGAACAACGGCAAGAACAUCGACUGGGACACCAGCCGUGUGCUGUUCGUCAACGAUGGGCGCGUGGCGCCGGAUGCCGCCAUGCUGCGCAGCAGGAGCGGCAGCUUCGGCCCAAUGCCUGCCAGGGCGAAGUUCCAAUCCAUCGUUCGGAGAAGAAUGUCUUUCUCGCCCAGCCGGAGGCCUUCUGGGCACACCCACCUGGGCGGGGCCCAGGGCGACUCCAAGCGAGGCGCCAGUGACACGCACGGCACGGCAAACGCCAUUGCCAGCACCACCUUCCACGUCACUGGCUCCCACGACUGCAUUCACGAAAUCACCGAGGUGACGGUCACCAGCGGCAGUGCGUCCAGCGAGGGGCAGCAAUGCGCCAACGUCAGGGCCCAGGUCAGCAGAGACGUCGGACUUGUCGACGGCGAGAUCUACGGCAAAGGCGCCAAGCCCGCCUGCACACAUGCAGAAGACUGCGCCAGGGCCUGA